CACACGUGAUCUCAGAGCCUAGUGGACAAUCUCUCUUCUGCAUUAAACAGUGUGGUCUGGACAUGCAGCAGGUAUGCAGCCUGUCAACAACAUUAAACGGCUUCAGACUGUACAUGCACUGUGACAGCAUGUCUGCAAAGGGGGCAACAGUGCUGGCAAAGACAAAGGCAAAGACCCAGUCGGAAGAUGCUCUAAAGAACCGUGAACCGUCACAGAAGAAGCUGCUCUCUCUUGAGGCCCAACGCAUCUCAAGCAUAUUGGAAAACUGCAUCAGUCAAGUUGAGAUUGCAGCGACUCUGCCUGCUGUGCUCCGGUUAAACAGUGUGUCUAGUGUUGCAGACAAGGAGUUGAGCAGGGCACUUCAAAAGCAUCAAAUAUUAGAUGAAAGACUGGAGACACUAGAAGGUCUCAAGUGGGACUCAGAUGGGGAACAAGAGGGAGAAUCUGGGGAAGCAAGGAGGAGAGAAAGGGCUAAGCUUGAAAAGGACAUCAAGAACUCUGUCAGGGAUCUGCUCAGGCUUGUCCGAAACCAUCCAGAUGUCAUUUUUGGUUUGAGGACAGAGCUAGGUAUGGAAGUAGGAGAGAGUGAGUACAUACUAAUAAGAGGGCUUGAGAAGUUUCAUGGCCUUAUGGUAGAAAAGUUGCUGACCAGUCUGGAUGAGGAGCUACAGCUGGUUCUCUAUAAGCAGGCGCCUUCAUCCCCUGCCCACAAUCUGGAGCACAUGGUUUCAGUGGAAGAGGAAUUAGCUAUAGCCAUGAAGGAAAUAGAUGCAAAGAUUUCUCACAAAAAUGAUGAGAUCAAAAAUUUGCAGAGUUCUCUGCAGAGGAAAAACGCACAAGAAGCGAGUAUGUCACUUCUUGCAGGCAAGCAGUGCCAGUCACAUAUGAAGAUUUCAAAGGUGAAGCACACCAGUAUACAACAGGAAAUUGAUCAAUUGAACAUUCAGCUCAACAAUUUGAUGCUUGAAAACAGACAGGCAGAAAGAGUGAUCCAAGAGAAAAAUGAAAAGGUGGAGACAGAAAUUGAAUACUUGCUCCAACAUUUUGAUGACGAAAUAGAAGAAAACCAGGCCGACCUGGAGUUGAAUGAAAUGGAAUAUGAAAGGGAGGAGGAGGAGCUGAGGAAGCUGGAGAAAGCCUUUUCUGUCCUGGAGGUGGAGUGCAACCAGAUCCAAGAGAAGCGUCGGCUGGCAGAAGAGAAGAGAAAGGAGGAGAUGAGGGAGCUGGUGUUGAAGACCAAAGCUGCUAUUUUUGCCCAAGCCUGGUGGAGAGGCUACAGCACUCGCAAGGCCUUAAAAAACAAGGGCAAAGGCAAGAAGGCCAAAAAAGGAAAAGGCAAGAAGACCAAAUAAACCAUUGACUAGUUUCAUUACUCUGGUGCUACACUCAAACACUCUCUACCUGUUAGAGUAUGAAUGUUGCAAAAACCAUUAUACUCCAUAUUCAGCACGUUUGUCAUUUAUGUCUUGUUUUUUUAUAAAGUUUUUUAUGUUUUAACCAUCUAGAAUUCUAGAAUGUUGCUGCAGUUCACUGAGAACCGUCACUUUAAUGAGCAUUUUCCUACUCAAACCAAAUAAACAGCUCUGUAUCAAAAACAGAAAUAAAGUGACAAAAACACAA